UUAAUAAAGUUCAUCACCUUCUUCACAAAUGUAAUUAAUAUCCCCUCUUGAAUGGCUUCUUAUUCCUCUCUUUGCUUGAUCAUGAAUAAUAUCUUUCUCUUUUUUCUCUUAUUUGGCCAUGAAUUUUUGCAACUCCAAGCUUUUCACCAUGUUUAUAGAGCUCAAACAUCUCACAGUACUGUUCAUCAUAAUCAUCAUCAGCACCACCAUCAACAACCUCAUAGAACUUCCUAUCAUUUUCAACCUCCCAAGAAUUGGAUUAAUGAUCCAAAUGGUCCAAUGAUAUACAAAGGAAUUUAUCAUCUGUUUUACCAAUACAACCCAAAAGGAGCAGUGUGGGGCAACAUUGUAUGGGCUCACUCCACAUCAACGGACCUGAUCAAUUGGGAACCCCAUGAUCACGCCAUCUACCCAUCUCAGCCGUCUGAUAUCAACGGCUGCUGGUCGGGAUCCGCCACCAUCCUCCCCGGCGAGAAACCGGCCAUUUUGUACACAGGAAUUAACCCUAAAAACCAACAAGUUCAAAACUUGGCUGUCCCCAAGAACCUCUCCGACCCAUAUCUAAGAGAAUGGGUGAAAUCCCCAAAUAAUCCUCUCAUGGCCCCCACCCCACAAAACCACAUCAAUGCCAGCUCCUUCCGGGACCCCACCACUGCCUGGAUCGGUCCCGACGGGGAGUGGCGAGUCAUCGUCGGGAGCAAACUUGACGCCCGUGGACUCGCUGUCAUGUAUCGAAGUAAAGAUUUCGUCAAGUGGAAUCAGGUUGACCACCCCCUACAUUACAAGGAUGGCAUGGGAAUGUGGGAGUGUCCAGAUUUCUUCCCGGUGGCAAAAACCGGUCGAAAAGGUGUCGAGACGAGAGUGUAUGGAUCGCAGGUGAAGCAUGUGCUGAAGGUGAGCUUGGAUGAUACCAAGCACGACGUUUAUACGGUUGGAACAUAUAAUUGGCAAAAAGACAUUUACAUUCCAAAUAAAGGAUCAAUUGAAAGUUACAAUGGAUUAAGAUAUGAUUAUGGAAAGUAUUAUGCUUCAAAAACAUUCUUUGACAGCCAGAAGAAGAGAAGGGUUUUGUGGGGUUGGGUCAAUGAAUCUUCAAGUGUUGAUGAUGAUAUCAAGAAGGGUUGGUCCGGUGUCCAGGCAAUUCCAAGGGCUGUUUGGCUAGAUGCAUCUGGAAAACAACUCAUUCAAUGGCCAGUUGUAGAAAUUCAAAAGCUUCGAAACAACAAAGUUAAAUUGACAAAUGAAGUUUUGAAGAAAGGAUCAAUUGUUGAAGCCAAAGGUGUAACAGCGGCACAGGCAGAUGUGGAGAUUUCAUUCAAAGUGGAAAAUUUUAAGAAAGCUGAAAUAUUGAAACCUGAAUGGAAAGACCCACAGUUGCUUUGUAGCCAAAAGGGAACAUCAACUACAAAAAGUGGAUCAGUUGGUCCAUUUGGGCUUUUAGUUUUGGCUUCAAAUGACCUCAAAGAGUACACUUCUGUCUCCUUUAGAGUAUUCAAAGGACAACACAAAUAUGUUGUACUCAUGUGCAGUGACCAAAGCAGGUCUUCUCUUAAUUCCAAUAAUGACAAGACGACAUACGGAGCAUUUUUAGACGUUGAUCCAACUCGUGAAAAUCUUUCACUAAGAAGCUUGAUUGAUCACUCAAUAGUAGAAAGCUUUGGAAUUAAAGGGAAGGGUUGCAUAACAGCAAGAGUUUAUCCAACAUUAGCCAUUGGAGACAGCGUUGGUCUCUAUGCUUUCAACAAUGGAACAGACAGUGUCACCAUUACAAAACUCACUGCCUGGAGCAUGAAGAAAGCUCUUAUCAAUUGAUCCAAAAUCCCAACUUCUUAAUUAGGAAUUAAGGAAACUAAAUGAGGGAGGACAUAUUUUUCCCCCAUUUUUUUUUCUCAUUUGUGUGUAUAUUAUUAUAUAGUGCAAUUUGGA